ACUGCUUUUGUUACCUGAGGUUCCCUCUGUUGCGCAACACAUAUUCCUCUUGAUGGACUUCGGUCCACACAGGAGGACCCUAUUUCGUCCCUGCUACCCUUUCGUUUCGAUGAUUUGUUACCGACUGAUUUUAAUUCUCCUGAACGCUCACAAGAUGAAAACAUUAGAAAAACAUGGCGGAAGAGACAAAGAGUAUCCUUGGGUGGUUAGAGGAAAAUGGCAGAAAAAAAUGGCGGAGAGUUGAGAUGAUGGGAGGGAUAUGGUUCUCUCGGCGGCCCUGGGUUUGAUCGGUUCAUUGACGGCUGCCCUGAGGCAUAGCGUGAGAUGGUUUUGUUCACCGGUAUUUUGUUUCCAUGCUGCUUUUCGUUCUCAGCUUCCCCCAUCGCUUACACCCCGCCACCAACACCGAGAAAAGCCCUACAUGUCAUCACCCCGGCCUUCGGUUUGGCUCGCUCCAUGAGCGGACAGGAACCUGACAGGCGUACUUUCCUUCUGUUUCUGCUUCUUUUAAUUUUUGCUUUUACUCUCUACAACACGAUAACUAAAAAACGAUACGAUUUGUCCAUGACGGGUAGAUAGCACAAGCACGCAAUAGAACGA